AGCCCUCUAGUGGUGCUUUCGGCGUUUGUGUCUUCGUAGUUGACAUCGCAGCUCUCUGGUGACUUUCGGCUCUGGUUUUCUCGUAGUUGUGACUUUCGGCACGUCUGGUUUUCCCGUGGGCUUCUCGACUUGGUCUGGGUGCAGCAACCCGCACGUGGGAUUUUUUUUUCUCUCAGCUUGGUCAGUAUUUUUUUGUGGCUUUCGGCUUCUUUGUUGAUUUUUUGGUGACUUCCGAAACUUCCAGUUUAUUUUUUGGUCUCGGUUGAUUUCCAUUGCUGUUUCUGUUUUUUGCUUUGUCUUGGAUUCAUUUAUUUGUGAUGGACUCUGCACCUGUAUGUGUCAAGUUUACGGGCACAAACUACUCUACUUGGGCAUUUCAGUUUGAACUUUUCCUCAAGGGAAAAGAUCUUUGGGAUCAUAUUGAUGGCACGGAUGUCGCCCAAACAUCCAAUCCUGACAAAUCCAAAGAUCUCACGGCUUCUCCUUCAUGGGCUGUACUUGAUGCUCGGAUUAUGUCUUGGCUUCUUGGUUCGGUGGAACCACAUAUUGUUACCAACUUACGGGCUCAUCGCUCUGCUCAAUCCAUGUGGAAUUACUUGGAAGGUUUAUCAUCAAGCUAAUGAUGCUCGUCGCUUUCAGUUAGAACAUGCGAUUGCCAUGUUUCAACAUGGUAGUCUUUCCAUCCAAGACUACUACUCGGCAUUUCUAACUCUUUGGCAUGAAUAUACUGACUUGGUUAUAGCAGAUGUUCCUGUUGCCGCUCUUUCGACUAUUCAAACUCUUCAUGAGACUAGCCGGUGUGAUCAGUUUCUUAUGAAACUACAGCCAGAAUAUGAAUCUGUUUGCUCCUCUCUACUGAACAGAUCGCCUGUUCCUUCUCUUGAUAUUUGUUUUGGUGAGAUACUUCGCGAAGAACAACGUCUUAGUACUCAAGCUAUUCUGGAGCAAUCUCAUGGCAGUUCUAGGACGGCAACUGUGGAUUAUGCUGCCCAAGGACGAGGAUCACCUAUGACUUCCAAAAAUUUGCAGUGUUUCUGUUGCAAGGAAUAUGGGCAUAUUGCUGCCAAUUGUCCUAAGAAAUAUUGUUCUUAUUGCAAGAAAAAUGGUCAUAUUAUCAAAGAAUGUCGCAUCCACCCACAGAAUCGUCAGGCUCAAGCAUUCCAGACUUCUGUUACUGUUCCUCCCGUAGCGACUUCUAUAGCACAUGGCUCUUCCUAAGGUGCUUCAUCUAAUCUUGCACCUCCUGCAGCAAAUUACUGCACACCAGAAAUGGUGCAACAAAUGCUAAUUUCGGCAUUAUCUGCAAUAGGAUUUCAAAGACCAGGUCACGGGGGAGCCGAUCGCGAAGGGACCUAAAGUGGGGCGCUUGUUUCCACUAUUUUUACCUAUUCCAACACUUUCUCCAGUUUCUUCUAUUAAGUCUUUUGCUUGUAAUAAUG